ACGGCGGAACCCGGGAGAUGUCGGUACACCUGGGAGACCCCACUGUAUAAUCGCCUCGUUAGGUCUUUCGGUGAACAUCACUCAAUACAGCAGUUUCCUUCGCAAAUUUUUGUCCGUAAAUUAUUAUUUAACCUACAAGAGCAUACUAGAAUACUGUCUCAGCCAGUAUUUUGCUUUUUAUUUGCAGAAAAAUUGGAAAAAUGGCCAGGAGACAACUGUCGGAAGCUAGAAGUCGAAAUUUCGGUUUAUUCAGGAGAUAGCACUGCUACUUUUGCUAACCGAGAUUCUACAGCUUCUUCUCCUCUCCCACUUGGACCGUCAUCGAAAAAGACAAAAGCUGACAGAAGUAGAAGCUUCGACGCCGUUCCAGCCAAUACGAUGACAGCGGAAGAGAAUAAUAUAACUUUUAAUUAA